CUCCCGGAGGCCCCAGAUAAUCUUACACCGAAUAGAUUGCCUGCAACAUAACAUUUCUGAGGAGCAGAUAUGUAACCAGGAGAGGAGCUUCACUCUGGACAAGGACGAGUUAGAACCUCUGCAGGUGAAACAAGAACAGGAAUGGCCUGAAAAUCUGCAGAUAAAAGAAGAGCAGAAGGUUCUAGAGCAUCAGCAGAUAAAAGUGGAUGAGAAAGAAGAUUACAACAGUCAGGGUGAUAAGCAGCUUGAGCUAAAACAAGAGACAGAUACCAUCAUGGUGGUUCCUAUUUCCGAGACAACAUACCACACUGAAUCAGAAGCAAACAAGAAACAAGACAUCUUCCUGGAAGCUGCUGAUUCUGAGGACCAAAAUCAGGAAAGAAGAAAGCCUUUCUCAUGUGCCAUAUGUAAAAAACGUUUCACUUUCAAAUCUGCUUUUGAGCCUCACAUGAUGAUUCACUCUGGUGAAAAGCCAUUUUCAUGUGUGAACUGUGGAAAAAGUUUUAGUCAAAAACCGCAUUUAACUCAGCACAUGAUGAUUCACACUGGUGAAAAGCCGUUUUCAUGUGUGAACUGUGGAAAAAGUUUUAGUCAAAAACCGCAUUUAACUAAACACAUGAUGAUUCACACUGGUGAAAAGCCAUUUUCAUGUGUGAACUGUGGAAGAAGUUUUACUGUAAAACAGGGUUUAACUCAGCACAUGAUGAUUCACACUGGUGAAAAGCCAUUUUCAUGUGUGAACUGUGGAAGAAGUUUUACUGUAAAACAGGGUUUAACUCAGCACAUGAUGAUUCACACUGGUGAAAAGCCGUUUUCAUGUGUGAACUGUGGAAAAAGUUUUCGUCGAAAACCGAAUUUUACUCGGCACAUGAUGAUUCACACUGGUGAAAAGCCGUUUUCAUGUGUGAACUGUGGAAAAAGUUUUAGUCGAAAACUGCAUUUAACUGAGCACAUGAUGAUUCACACGGGUGAAAAGCCGUUUUCAUGUGUUAACUGUGGAAAAAGUUUUACUCUAAAACAGGAUUUAACUAAGCACAUGAUGAUUCACACUGGUGAAAAGCCGUUUUCAUGUGUGAACUGUGGAAAAAGUUUUAGUCGAAAAGAGACUUUAACUCGGCACAUGAUGAUUCACACUGGUGAAAAGCCGUUUUCAUGUGUGAACUGUGGAAAAAGUUUUCGUCGAAAACGGGAGUUAACUGAGCACAUGAUGAUUCACACUGGUGAAAAGCCGUUUUCAUGUGUGAACUGUGGAAAAAGUUUUAGUCGAAAACGGGAGUUAACUUGGCACAUGAUGAUUCACACUGGUGAAAAGCCGUUUUCAUGUGUGAACUGUGGAAAAAGUUUUAGUCGAAAACAGGAGUUAACUCGGCACAUGAUGAUUCACACUGGUGAAAAGCCAUUUUCAUGUGUGAACUGUGGAAAAAGUUUUCGUCGAAAACGGGAGUUAACUGAGCACAUGAUGAUUCACACUGGUGAAAUGCCAUUUUCAUGUGUGAACUGUGGAAAAAGUUUUCGUUCCAAAGUUAAUUUAACUCGGCACUUGAGGCGUCACAUAGGUGAAAAGCUGUAGAAGUAUUUUCCAUACAUGUCCUAUGUUGAGGUUCACUAUGGAAUUGUUCUGGUUAUAAACUAGAAUAAAUGACUGGAGGAGUUUCAUGUCUAUAAACCUUAAAAUUUUUGUAUUUGUUAAAUGUUCACAUUUGGAUACUUGGAGAUGUGCCACCAUGACACAUUUUCCUGUGGAGAUGCUUUGUUUAUUUUGGGGUUUUUUUGCAUAUUCUGUAU